AGGGAGCAGCUUAGUAUCCUUAGAGUGUUCUGGACUGGACAGCGCUGUUGUCACAGCUGUAAUCUGCUGCCCGGUCUGCAGGCAAGGGGACGCUCUGUGGUCAAAAGUAUUGCUGCUUGUGUGGGUACACACAGCUUUUUUACUCGGAUAGUGUAGCGAGAGAGGCAAACUAUGUGCUGAGCACUGUGUGAGGCUGCAUCUGCCUGCCUGACUACAUGACGGACUGACUGACUGACUGAGCGCCCGCUUGACUCACUCUAGCGCUCUCCAUUGAGAACCCAGCACACGCCAUGAGCACGGAUCUCUACAACCGCCUCCCCUCACAGAGAGGUGAUGAAGAGGCAGUGGUGGACAGAGGAGGCACCCGCUCUAUGCUCAAGGCCAACGUAGAACAGGAAGAACUAGAAGGUCACAAAACACUGUAUAUUGGGGUUCAUGUCCCCCUGGGGCGGAGGACACGCAGACGCCACCGUCACCAUGGCCACAGACACAGGAAGAGGAGCAGAGAGAGAGACUCAGGAGUGGGGGAUGGCCGAGAGUCACCUGCAUAUGACACACCCUCUCAGAGGGUCCAGUUUCUGCUGGGAACUGAGGAUGAUGAUGAAGAACACAUUCCGCAUGACCUUUUUACCGAGCUGGAUGAAAUCUGUCUGCGUGAUGGAGAGGAUUCUGAGUGGAGAGAGACGGCCAGAUGGCUGAAGUUUGAGGAGGAUGUGGAGGAUGGAGGAGAGAGAUGGAGUAAGCCCUAUGUUGCCACACUGACUCUGCACAGCUUGUUUGAACUACGGAGUUGCAUCAUUAAUGGAACCGUGAUGCUCGACAUGAGGGCCAGCUCUCUGGAGGAGAUUGCAGACAUGGUGUUGGACCAACAGGAAGGUCUGGACGAGCUUGGAGAUGAGGUGAGGAAGAAGGUCCGUCAGGCUCUGCUCAAGCAGCACCAUCAUCAGAACCAGAAGAAACUGGCCAACCGCAUUCCAAUAGUUCGCUCCUUCGCUGACAUUGGCAAGAAACAGUCUGAGUCAAACUCCAUGGACAAGAACGGUGGCUCAUCUUUCUGUUCAGCCCUUAAGUCUUCUUUCUGGGGUUCAUUAAACUCUGAUGCGAGGUGCAGGCAGGUGUCUUCCUGCUCUUCAUGCUGGUCUCCGUGUUGCCCUUCCAGAGUGUCCAUCUCCUCUCCACUUCCUGACCCAUCCUCCACCUCCACCCAGUCAGCACCCACGCCCCACCGAGCCCACACACACAGCCCACAGAUCUCCUGUUCUCUGCAGGCAGAGGACUACCCGGACCCAGGCCAGAUGAUCCCUCCACAGCCCUGUGCCCCUGAGCUUAAGCCAGAGGUUAGCAGGGAGAACAGCUCAGUGGAUUUCAGUAAGAUAGAUCUCCACUUCAUGAAGAAGAUCCCUGCUGGUGCUGAGGCCUCAAACAUCCUAGUAGGAGAGCUGGAGUUCCUGGAGAAGCCGGUUGUGGCUUUCAUUCGUCUCUCUCCUGCUGUCCUUCUCAAUGGCCUGGCAGAAGUCCCCAUAACCACCAGGUUCCUCUUCAUUCUUUUGGGGCCUCUUGGUAAAGGACCACAAUAUCAUGAGAUUGGACGAUCCAUUGCAACUCUUAUGACUGAUGAGGUUUUCCAUGACGUUGCAUAUAAAGCCAAGGACCGCAACGAUCUGGUGGCUGGAAUCGACGAGUUCCUCGACCAAGUAACAGUCCUGCCACCUGGAGAAUGGGACCCGUCAAUUAGAAUUGAGCCACCGAAAAAUGUCCCCUCUCAGGAGAAGAGAAAAAUCCCUGCUGUCCCCAAUGGAGAGCUGGCAGAGACUGAGGAACAUGGGGGGCAUGGAGGCCCUGAGCUACAGCGCACCGGGAGGUUGUUUGGAGGUUUUUUCCUGGACAUAAAGCGCAAGGCACCACACUACCUGUCAGACUACACAGACGCCCUGAGCCUGCAGUGCGUGGCCUCCUUCCUCUUCCUCUACUGCGCUUGCAUGUCUCCUGUCAUCACGUUUGGGGGUCUGCUAGGAGAAGCAACAGAAGGACGCAUAAGUGCAAUUGAAUCUCUGUUUGGUGCAUCAAUGACUGGAAUUGCCUACUCGCUGUUUGCUGGCCAGCCCCUUACAAUCCUUGGCAGCACUGGUCCUGUCCUGGUGUUCGAGAAGAUUUUGUUCAAAUUUUGCAAAGAGUAUGGGCUGUCCUAUCUGUCCCUGAGGACAUGCAUUGGCCUGUGGACUGCUUUUCUCUGUAUGUUGCUGGUGGCUACAGAUGCCAGCUCACUCGUUUGCUACAUCACUCGCUUCACGGAGGAGGCCUUCGCCUCCCUCAUUUGCAUUAUUUUUAUCUAUGAGGCUCUGGAGAAGCUGAUCCACCUUGGCGAGACGUAUCCCAUCAACAUGAACAACAACUUAGACAAACUCACCACCUAUUCCUGUGCGUGUAUUGAGCCUGUGAACCCCAGCAAUGCCACUCUGCAGUACUGGGAGCAGAACAAUAUUACAGCAUCAGAGAUCUACUGGGAGGCUCUGGAAGUUGAGGACUGUAUAGAGAAGAAAGGAGUGUUUGUGGGCUCGGCGUGUGGGCCGCACGGACCCUACAUCCCUGAUGUGCUGUUCUGGUCUGUUGUUCUCUUCUUCUCCACUGUGGCCAUGUCUGCUUUCCUUAAAGAGUUCAAGACCAGCCGGUACUUUCCCACCAAGGUAAGAGCGAUCAUCAGUGAUUUUGCUGUGUUUUUCACCAUUCUAACCAUGGUCCUGGUGGACUACGUUUUAGGGGUCCCCUCACCUAAAUUGCAGGUUCCCAGCAAGUUUAAGCCAACGAGAGAUGACCGAGGUUGGUUUAUUAACCCAUUGGGACCAAAUCCAUGGUGGACCUGCAUCAUUACAGUGAUUCCAGCUCUGCUCUGUACCAUCCUGAUCUUCAUGGACCAGCAGAUCACUGCAGUUAUCAUCAACAGGAAGGAGCACAAACUCAAGAAAGGCUGUGGUUACCACCUGGAUCUGUUUGUGGUGGCGGUGAUGCUGGGAGUGUGCUCACUGAUGGGACUGCCGUGGUUCGUGGCGGCUACAGUUCUCUCCAUUUCACACGUGAACAGCCUGAAGCUGGAGUCAGAAAGCUCAGCACCAGGAGAGCAGCCCAAGUUCCUGGGCAUCAGAGAGCAGCGCUUCACAGGCCUCAUGAUAUUCCUCCUUAUGGGCUGCUCCGUCUUCAUGACCUCAGUCCUAAAGUUCAUUCCCAUGCCUGUGCUGUACGGAGUGUUCCUUUACAUGGGAGCAUCUUCACUUCGAGGAAUACAGUUCUUUGACAGAUUGAGGCUGUUUGGGAUGCCUGCUAAACACCAGCCAGACUUUAUCUACCUGAGGCAUGUUCCUCUGCGGAAGGUCCACCUGUUCACCAUCGUCCAGCUUAGCUGCCUCAUCCUCCUGUGGGUCAUUAAAACCUCUCGUGCAGCCAUCGUCUUUCCAAUGAUGGUCCUGGCUCUGGUGUUCAUCCGCAAGCUGCUGGAUUUUUUUUUCACUAAGCGUGAGCUGAGCUGGCUGGAUGACCUCAUGCCAGAAAGUAAGAAGAAGAGGCUGGAGGAUGCAGAGAAAGAGGAGGAGCAAAGUAUUCUGGCAGAGGAAGAAGGAGUGGUACAAGUGCCAUUAGAGGCACACUACAAGGAUGAUCCAUCGUCUGUGAAUAUUACUGAUGAGAUGUCUAAAGCCUCCUUUGGAAACACUUGGAAGACUAUGAAUUCUGACACCUCAAAACAUGAUCCCACCACAAAAAGCUACUGAGUAAUAAAGCCUGUCCAGCAGCAGUGUGAGAAAGGAGCAUCGGAGGAACGAUUCAGAGAAAAGCGCCGACAGAGAGACAAUCCUCUGACCUGUAUCUCCUUCACUGUGGUCUAUAUUACACACACACACACACACACACACACACACACACUUUAUCACAUGCCACAUGUGUCUGCUCCUUCUUGUCUUGUUGUUCCGUGUCUCAGUGUAUGUUCCGUUCUCAGCAGAACUGCAGUAGAAUAGUCCAUAUUUACACUACGGUUGUUUGCAAAAAAGAUUCCUCUUAAUCUUAAAAUUAAGAUGUCUCUUUAUUUCAAUUUACAUUUUCUGUUUCAUAACAUAAAAUAAUACCAGCAGACGAAGGCCAAUGACAAGAAAUGCGCUAGUGUGAAAGUGUGUGUGUGUGUAUGUGUGUUGGAGAAAUCUAGAACCUGUUUUAAAGACGUAAGUAUUUUCUAUGUUUUGUAUUUUUGAAAAGCAUACAGUAUUCAUGUUAUUCUACGAAGCUAACUGCUGUUAUAGAGCUGACAGAAUUAUUAAGAAAGUGUAGUUCUUAUUUCGGUUCAGAACCAGAAGAUUUAUUGUAGAUUCAAUCACUAAAAAACUAUAUUACAGUUGGUUCUGUAUGCAUGCAUUGUUUAGUAUCAUUAUAAAUUCUAUGUCUAUCAGCUUUUAUAAUUUUAAUUGCAAUCUGUAGUAUUUUAUUUGGGUGUUAACUCAGCUUUAAGGCAGUAGAGUACAGGCUAAAUUCAUUAAAUUGCAUUUUUAAAUAAAUCUUUUAUAAUUUAAAAGCAAAAUGUAUAAUGAUGUCAGCUGAGAAUGAUAGUUGUUUAAAAGCUGAUAUAUGAUUUCUGUUGAUCUGUAUGGAGUCUUAUUUUGUAGGCUGUAUGUUGAUGCUGUAACUAUGCCAAAGUCCAAAUCCCUGUUCCUAAUAGCUGGGCAGUGUACAUCGCAGAAUAAGCAUUACAAUAUCAAACAGUACAUUACACACAUCACACAGAAGCUUUAGCAUUCUUUUUUUGCAUCAGUCAGACAUUCUGAAGGGCAUUUUAUUAAAGGUCGUAUUCUACAGCUCAUGGUAUUGCUCAUACUUGAAACCAGCAAACAGUUUGUGGUUGAAUCGGUGUUGAAUUGACACUCCUCUACGUACAUGAUUGCAAUGUUGAUUCAAUGGCGAUUUUUCACUGGAAAGUGUUUAUCAAGGGCAUAAAACAAUGGCCUCUGAGAAUAAAUGCAAUAGUAUUCUAGAAGGGCAAAUAGAUCAUAUAGAAAAUUAUUUUUGGAAGGUUUAUUAUCUAGAUUUUCUUUGUAAAUAAAAUUGCACCUUUUGAGUUCUAACGCCUUCAAGCUUUAUGAUUUUCCUGAAAGAAUGAUAGUCCUUUAUAAAAUCUCAUGUUGAUAUGAUUCGUCUUGUUUUGAUCUUAGGAGUUGUGGAAUAAAGUCUACAGUGUGAAGGUUUGGACUUUAGGCCUGUAUGACAUUUUCUUUUUCCAACCAAUGUUUCUUCAUUCAUUAAAAUGUAUUACUUAUAUUUCAAAUGGCACUUUGAAAUUCUACGUCCAUGCUCUUUUAAUGUUACUGUUUCUGUUUAAUGAACGUGUGUCUAAUAAAUACAUUUAAUCUCUGGA